CUCUCCCUUCCUCUCAGUUUUGGAUAAAACAGGAACAGAACAUAAAAAAAAAAAAUUUUAAGGAGAACCCAUUAAAAGUUAGUAAAAACUUUCUUUUAAACAGAGAGGAAAGGAAAGUAAAAUCUGCGGUUAGAAAAAGAGGGGAGGAAAUAAAGAGGCCAUAUAAAAUCCUUCAAGAAAGAAGAAGUUCACGAGCUCUCUUCUUGGUUUCUUUCUUAAAUCUAUCUCCAGAAAAUCAUUCAAAAAAGGAAAAGAAAGAAGAAGUUCAGGUGGGUAAAGAUUUCACGGGCAAAAACCCAUUUCUUCACCAACCAAAACAGAAAAAAAAAACACAUCAAACGGUUAUUGUACUGCCACGUCACCCCACCACCAUCACCGCCUUACUCGAUCUCAAACUGGGUUUCUCUGAAACCGUGCUAUGAUAAUAGAAAAGAGAGAAAUGGAUCGAUCAGCAAUAACAGUAGGACCUGGGAUGGACAUGCCAAUCAUGCAUGACAGCGAUCGUUAUGAACUGGUUAGAGAUAUCGGUUCAGGGAAUUUCGGGGUGGCUAGGUUGAUGAGAGAUAAGCAGACUGAGGAGCUUGUUGCUGUUAAGUACAUCGAGAGAGGUGAGAAGAUAGAUGAAAAUGUACAAAGGGAAAUUAUCAACCACAGGUCACUAAGGCAUCCAAAUAUUGUCAGAUUCAAAGAGGUCAUAUUAACACCAACCCAUCUGGCUAUUGUGAUGGAAUAUGCAUCUGGAGGAGAGCUAUUUGAGCGGAUAUGUAAUGCAGGCCGGUUCAGUGAGGAUGAGGCACGCUUUUUCUUUCAACAGCUUAUAUCAGGAGUUAGUUAUUGUCAUGCAAUGCAAGUAUGCCAUCGGGACUUGAAAUUGGAGAACACAUUACUGGAUGGGAGUCCAGCUCCUCGUUUGAAGAUUUGUGACUUCGGGUAUUCCAAGUCUUCAGUACUGCAUUCACAACCUAAAUCGACAGUUGGAACUCCAGCUUAUAUAGCUCCUGAAGUGUUACUAAAGAAAGAAUACGAUGGAAAGGUUGCGGAUGUCUGGUCUUGUGGGGUAACCUUAUAUGUUAUGUUGGUUGGAGCAUAUCCUUUUGAAGACCCUGAGGAUCCUAAGAACUUCCACAAAACAAUACAUCGAAUUUUAAAUGUCCAGUACUCAAUCCCUGACUAUGUCCAUAUAUCUCCUGAGUGUCGUCAUCUAAUCUCAAGGAUUUUUGUGGCUGACCCAGCGAAGAGGAUAUCCAUUCCUGAAAUUAGGAAUCAUGAGUGGUUUUUAAAGAACCUACCAGCAGAUCUCAUGGAUGAGAAUGCAAUGAACAGCCAGUUUGAAGAACCUGAUCAACCUAUGCAAAGUGUUGAUGAUAUUAUGCAGAUCAUCUCUGAGGCCACUAUUCCUGCAGCUAAUACAAAUAGUCUGAAUCAUUAUUUGACUGGUAGCCUGGACAUUGAUGAUGAAAUGGAAGAGGACCUGGACAGUGAUCCUGAACUUGACAUUGAUAGUAGUGGAGAGAUAAUAUAUGCAAUAUGAUUCUGAUAGUGCCCGUGUGCUGAGAAGGGUGGUCAUCCAAUGCUCAUUGAAGUUUAACCUUGGAAAUUGGAACUUUGGGUGGGAAAGGACAAAGGGGGUAUCAUUUUCUUGAAAGUGGGAGACAGUAUAGGUACGGAUUUCUCCGUCAAGCGAGAAUCCUGCUGUGUGCUUGUGUUCUCUGUAUCACUAAAUGCCCUGCCACUUUGAAGUGGCAUUAUGUACUGUUUCUGUAGUCUUGUAACACCUGUAAUGAAGUGUUAACGUUGUCUUUAAUUGUACUGGUGACUCUGUCUCCAUUUCUAGAAAGUUUAUGACUCACAGGCACAGCUUACAGUUCAUGAAA